AUGCCUGGAGUGGUGCUGGGCGACAGUUAUGCGGCACUUCCUGCACCUGCUUUCCCGCAGACCCAGCACGGCAAUUUACCAGAUGGAACCAACACUUCUUCUCAUCAACGCACUGCGAUUCCAACGACAAACCAUUCGUACGCUCUGGCUCCUCCUGCAAACGGACCGAACCUUUACAACCGUCGAGCAGCUCCCGAUCAAAACGAUGUGAAUGCCAUUGCACCCCACCUUCAGAUACCAGAGUCGGUGAACAAGAGUAAAGGGAGUCUGGCCGAGUUUGCUGCAGAGAUAACAUGCCUCUUCUGGUUUGAAACGGCCCGAACCCUUCAGUACGCUGAAGAUCUCCCAGAGGACGUACCGGUCGACAGGGGAUUGGUCCCAGAUGCCUUACCCGCGAUUGGGUUUCGAAAAUGGGUGACCACGAUUAUCAGCACCACUCAGGUCGGGAAGAAUGUUAUCUUACUUGCCUUGUUGUUUAUCUAUCGACUCAAACGAUUCAACCCUAGUGUGAGUGGGAAGCGUGGGAGCGAAUUCCGGCUCCUGACGAUUGCUCUGAUGCUAGGAAAUAAGUUUCUGGACGACAAUACAUACACAAACAAGACCUGGGCUGAGGUUUCUGGCAUCUCAGUCACCGAAAUCCACAUUAUGGAAGUCGAAUUCCUCAGCAACAUGAGAUAUGCUCUUUACGCCUCGGCUACAGAAUGGAAUGAAUGGAAAUCCAAAUUGGGAAGGUUUGGCGCGUUUUAUCAGAAAGCCUCCCAGCUACCCCUGGUAGAUGAGAGCAGAGCAAAUGGUGGCACCCCAGUCACGCCUACUGCUCAGAGUUUCCCCCAGAAGCUGCCCUCGCCUCCAUCCACUCAUCACAGUGUUAGCCCUUAUGGUGUCUCACCGUCCGUCAACGGUCACUACCCCGUAUUGCCGUAUCCUUCAUCCGCAGCAACACAACUUCCGAGUUCACCUCUUCGGCAACAAGUCGGUUUGAGGGGAUACCACCAAGAGCGAAAACGGAGUGCCGAUUACUCUGCCGAGCUCCCUCCAGCGAAAAGGCAACAGUUAUUCCCGGGCCAGCUUUCUGACCAUACUGGAAGUAUGGGAAGCUCACAUGCAUAUACUCCGAAUAGUCUAAGAGUUUCUCCUACGCACGGCACCGGCAUCACUGAUGCUGGGAUCCCUGCAACAUUGGACAUCCCGAGACUGGAUGUGCCGCGGAUGCCACCCUCUCUUCCACUUUCAAAUCCUCAACCCAUCGUGUUGCCAGUCCAGACGAAUCGAGCACUGUCGACUGUCUACCCAACCGCAACCGGCACCUAUUCCCACCCUGUCACGCCAAUAUCUGCAGUACCGCAGACCCUGUUUCAAAAUCCCGUCCCAAGUCUAGGAGACGGUUCCCGAUCCAUAUCGGCCCUACCCUCGGCUCAUACCUCUCCAUCCAAUGGAUACAAUAUCACUACUCCUACAUUACCGGGACUAUCGCCCUCAUACUUCUUGACCCAUCGCACCUCUCCAUAUCGACCGGUUCGACAUGUCAACACACUUUUGAUACCUCCGCCGUCGGCCGCAUUACAGAUGCCGGUCAGAAAUGUCCCCUCCGACCAGAUCCACUACCACCCCUUGAGCAAAAUCACCACUGAUCGCCGGACUGGACCGCUUCCCAAUUUUCAACCCGAUGGGUGGCAACAUAGCAAUGUUUCCACGCCCGUUGCUCAACAUCAAUAUCCAUUUUGA